AUGACAAUACUGCGACGUACCUGGGCCGCAUUCACGCCACGAUGUGCCGUAGAUAUUAGUCGGACGGAAAUUGCCCAGUCCGCACGCGCUCACAACAGUGCUCCUUUUGGUACCUUAGCAUCGCCAGAGGUUCGUGUGGCCAGAGACUAUUGUGCUGACCUGUUACGCAAAUAUGAUGUCCCAGCUCAUACACUGCUUGCUUUCGUACCACCACCUUCUCAGUCGGCCUACCUUGCCAUCCGUGCGUUCAACGUCGAAUUGGCUCGUAUCCCAGACACUGUCUCGACUCCAACCGUUGGCGCUAUGCGCUAUCAAUUCUGGCGUGACAACGUAAACAAAGCCUUUGCUGGAACACCACCAAAGCAGCCAGUCUCAAUACUCCUCGCAUAUGUGCUUGACGAUCUCCAAGCUCGAACUGACGGUACCGCCAAAAUGAGCAAAAAUUGGUUCCUGCGCGUCAUUUCAACGCGCGAGCAGUACAGCGAUGGAAGGCCAUAUCCCUCGAUGGAGGCGUUAGAAAAGUAUGCCGAAAAUACCUACUCGACGCUCCUGUAUUUGACAUUGCAGUCGUUCCCAAUGGCAAGUGUGACUGCUGAUCACGUGGCUUCGCAUAUUGGUAAAGCAAGUGGCAUUGUCGCUAUCUUGCGGGGGUUACCUCUCCUGGCAUUUCCAUUACCUCCUAAUCAUCAUAAUGCCUCAAGUCCGUUGGGUGGUAGUCUUGAGAGAGGAAAGCAGGGUGCGGUUGUGCUGCCCCUCGACGUGAUGGCCCGUACGGGAGUAAGAGAGGAAGAUGUUCUCAGGCAAGGUGCUCAAGCCCACGGAUUGAAAGACGCAAUUUUCGAGGUCGCCACAAGAGCGAGCGAUCAUCUCAUAACAGCAAGAGAAAUGAUCAAAGAGAUUCGCAAAGGCCAGGAUAUCAGUCAUGCUUUUGAACACGAGGACGACGCAGACCACCACUAUGCUAGUCCGAACGAAAGCAGCAGCAAGGGAAGCAGGCAGCAAGAAGAGUUAGGGCGAGCCUUUGGCGUUUUCAUGCCUGCUAUAUCGAAUCAGAUGUGGCUAAAUAAGCUUCAAAAGCUGGACUUCGAUGUCUUUGCCCCCGCGCUGAGAAUACGAUCUUGGGCACUCCCAUUUAAAGCAUACCUUGCCAACCGAAGGAAAAGUUUUUAA